AUGGUGUUAGGUUUGUCUGAUUUAGGACCUCGUUGCUCUGAGAAUCGAGACUUACCGACGCAACGCAGCAACAAUGAUCAAGACAAGACCGGUCACAUUUCGAUGAAGAAGCAUCAGCACCCAAGAACAGAAGAAGAUGGUGGUGAUGAUCAGGACAACACUGAGUUUCCGAGCAAGAAAGCGAAGAAGAGCAGUCCAGAAACAGAAGCUGGUUCUUUUUCAUCACACCGCUCUUGUUUUGUAGCUCUUGUCAAGGCUUCGAAUCUACAAAAUGAUGCUCUGGAUCUUCCAAAAGAUGUCAUAACCUCAGAUGGUCUUAAAAGAAAAUGCAGCAAGAUUGUUAUAAUCGAUGGAGGGGAAAGAUCAUGGGCAUUGGAUCUGAGCUUCAACAAAUCAUCUGCUACUUUCUACAUAAGCCGAGGUUGGAGAAAAAUCUGUGAAGAGAAUGGUAAAAAAGCAGGAGGCUUCUUUAUGUUUAAGCUAGUGGGAAAUGGGGAAACGCCUGUGCUCAGUUUCUGCUCAACAGAAUCUACCAAUGAUGGAACAAGAGGAGACAGCAACAAGAAGAACAACAAAGAAUAUUGUAUAGAGCUUGAGAAAGAGAAGAAUCGUCUAAGCCAGAACCGAUAUGUGACAUUAACACUUACUGAUGGUACUUUCACAUAUGGUAGACUGCAUCUUCCAUCGCCAUUCAUGAGAGAAAAUGGCUUGGACAAACCUGGGGUGAUCACUCUGUUGGGUAAAGAUGGUGCAAAGUGGCUGGUGAAUCGUUUACAGGAACAAGGCACAGGAAGAAUGAGUUUGGGAAAGGGCUGGAAAGAGUUUGCUAUAGCAAAUGGCUUAAAGGCGGGUGGAUCCUUCACGUUGGAGUCAAUCUGGCAAGACACAACUCCUAUGCUCAGUUUGUUCCAUACAGAUUCUAGCAGUGAUAGAAGGGAACAAGGAGAGUAUUGUUCGAAAGCCAGUGAGAAAGAGCCGGUGGUGCGAAACAAGUGUCUUCCAAACGAAAACCGAUUCGUGACAUCGACUCUUACACAUGACAGCCUCAGAUAUAGUAGACUGCGUCUUCCAUUGCUAUUCACGAGAGAAAACGGCUUAGACGAACCUUGGAUGAUAACUCUAUUGGGAAAAUAUGGUGCAGAAUGGGGGGCAAAUCUUCGCUGGCAUAGCAAGGUUGGACCAAUGCAAUUGACAAAAGGCUGGAAUUUUUUUGCUGAAGCAAAUGGCUUAAAGCUUGGUGAAUCCUUCACGUUGGAGCUCAUCUGGAAAGAUGCAACUCCUAUGCUCAAGCUCAGUGAGGAGUCCCCAAGUGAUAGAAAGCAACAAGGGCAACUCUAUUCAGAAACUAGCAAGAAAAGGUCUAUUUCCACAGAACCUAGCAGUGAAACCAUGGCAACAAAAGCCAAGAACAACAUAGAGGAGAGCAGAGAUCCAUCUUCAGCAAUCCACAAUCGAUUUGUGACAUUAACACGCACACAUGAAGAUGUUAAACUUUGUCUUCCAUUGCCAUUCAUGAGAGAAAAUGGCUUGGACAAACCAGGGAUGAUCAUUCUGUUGGGUAAAGAUGGUACAAAGUGGCUGGUGCGUCGUAAACGGGAUUGCACAGGAAGAAUGACUUUGGGAAAGGGAUGGAGAAAGUUUGCUAUAGCAAAUGGCUUAAAGAUUGGUGUAUCCUUUACGUUGGAAUUAAUUUGGCAAGAGACAACUCCUAUGCUCAGCUUGUUCCAUACAGAUUCUAGUAGUGAUAAAAGGCAACAAGGAGAGCAUUGUUCAAAAGCCAGUGAGAAAGAGUCUGUUUCCGCAGAACCAAGCAAUGGAAACAAGACAAGAAAAGCCAAGAGUAAUAGAGACGAGAGAAGUUCAAAAGAGCUGGUGCGAAACAAGUGUCUUCCUUCCAGUAGAGCUUCAUUAUCACCAAAAGAAAACCGAUUCGUGACAGUGACUCUUGCACAUGACAGCUUCAGAAAAAGUAGACUGUGUCUUCCAAUGCCAUUCAUGAGAGAAAAUGGCUUGGACAAACCUCGAUUGAUAACUCUGUUGGGAAAAGAUGGUACAAAAUGGGUGGCAAAUCUUCGCCGGGAAAGCACAGGUGGAAGAAUGAGUUUGGGAAAGGGAUGGAAAACAUUUGCCAAGGCAAAUGGCUUAAAGCUUGGUGAAUCCAUCACGUUGGAGCUUAUCUGGAAAGAUGCAGCUCCUAUGCUCAGUUUGUUCCAUACAGAUUCUAGUAGUAAUAGAAGGGAACAAGGAGAGUAUUGCUCAAAAGCCAGUGAGAGAGAGCCUGUUUACACAGAACCUAACAGUGGAAACAAGACAAUUAAAGCCAAGAGUAAUAGAGAAGAGAGAAGUUCAAAGGAGCUGGUGCGAAACAAGUUUCCUCCUUGCAGGAGAGCUUCAUUGUCACCUAACGAAAGCCGAUUCGCGACAUUGACUCUUACACAUGACAGCCUCACAACGGGAAGACUGGUGAGUUUCAUACAUUCAAGUGUUUCAGCUCUUGUCUUAAAGGUUUUUAGUUUUUAG